GACAGAAAGAGAGGAGGUUUGGAGUGGAUGGAGAGAGUCACUGUAGCUUCAUCAUCUGUGGUUUCUUACGGGACAGAGGGGAAAGAGAGAGACGAAAGGAGGGUGGGGGGGAGAGAGAGAGAGAGAGCGCAGAAGAGGAGAGAAGGGAAGGCAACUGGCGGUAAGGGAUGGGCGGUGCUUGCUGGUAGCUCUUCAGUCCAUCGGACACCUCUCAGCCCUACACAGACCCAAUCCUCCGGAACCCUAUGUGGUCACUACCUGGAAUAAACUGGACUGAAAAUACUGGACCAGACUGGGCGUGUGAACCGCAUUAGCGUGAAUCACAUCGAACCUGGCGUGAACCCAACCAGAUCUGGACCAGAUUCGAUUGGACUGGACUGGACCAAGUGUUACUGAGAGAAAGAGGAAGGAAUGGUCGGGAAACAAAGAGAAAUAAGUGCAAAGAUUGUUCGUAAUGUCUUAGAAAGGGGUGUUUGGUGAAUUAUCAGAGACUAGAGUUCUGAUAUUUAACUAGUCUAUUGAUCUGUCAAUUAUAGUAUMGAUUAUAUUGUGGAUUGAUUGAUUAUCUGAUUGAUUUACACAUACUGUAUACUAUGACAAGAUCUAAAAUAAGGAAGGAAGGAAAGGCACCCGGUAUUGUGUUUCAUUCACAGAGAGGGACUAUUUUAAGUUCAGAGAUUCUGUUUCUUUAUGUUGUGGAUGUUCUUCUAUUUCUGUUUAUAUCGUGGGAAAGAUGAGAUGAUCACAGUGAGGUGUAGGAUUUCACUCUCACCACUUCUACACACCUUCCUGACUCAGCAAGUUAGUCAUCUGAUUCACUUCAACGAUUCACAGUUUUAAAACACAUCAUGAACCGGAUAUCACAGAACAUCGAUUGGAAUUCUCUGUAAUUCCUGAAGGUGAUUUUAUCCAGAGAUUACUCAGUCAUUCAGUCCCCCAAAAUGACGGCUGUAAGAUGAUGGACGUUUACUAUUUGGACUGUGAAGGUGUACAGCGAUGCUCUAUCAAUGGCUAUCUGUCGGGAUUUUUGAGAACAACUGUGGAGGAAUGACAGCAAAGUUCACUUUAGACCGCUCCUCACCACCAAAAUAAGUGGCCUUGGACUCAACCUCUAUUUUCCCACAGGUCAGAUCUAAAGAGAGCGUUUUUUCCCCAUGUCUACCCACUUUUUAAAAUAUUCUCCAUUCCAUAAUCUUUGACAUUUUCCAUCCAUUUUCUUGUCCAUUCUUUCAUGCUGCCCAGUUCGUUAUGUUAGCACCAGCUGAUAAGCUUAGCCAAGCCUCCAAGUACCUAGCCUACCUGACUGACUGGCGGAUAGCCUAGCAUCUGUUGUUCAACCACAGCGACUAUCACUAUCAUUAACCUUGCACCCGCUGGAGUCUCCCCCCUCCCCCGCCUUCCCCGGCACCAGGCCUCUGUGUGUGGGCUUGCCCUCAGCGGGCUCCCCCUGCCGUCUCCCCCAGCCAUGGGGUUUCAGAUCCAGGGCAUGGAGCUGUUUGCCAUUGGUGUGGUCAUGAUCAUGUUUGUGGCCGUGCUCAAGGGCUUUGGCAUCCUGGAGCCCAUGUCCUCCUUUGAAGACAGUAGUGACAGUGAUUUGGAGCUGUCUAUAGUUCGUCACCAGCCAGAAGGCUUGGACCAGCUGCAGGUUCAGACCAAGUUCACCAAGAAGGAGCUCCAGUCACUAUACAGGGGCUUCAAGAAUGAGUGUCCAAGUGGUUUGGUUGACGAAGAGACGUUCAAGACCAUCUAUUCUCAGUUCUUUCCCCAAGGAGACGCCACCACCUAUGCACAUUUCCUGUUUAAUGCGUUUGAUAUGGACAGAAAUGGCUCCAUUCGUUUUGAGGACUUUGUGAUUGGCCUGUCUGUUCUUCUGAGAGGGUCAGUCACAGAGAAACUCAACUGGGCCUUCAACCUGUAUGACAUCAACAAGGAUGGAUACAUCACUAAAGAGGAGAUGCUGGCUAUUAUGAAGUCCAUCUAUGAUAUGAUGGGCAGGUACACCUACCCAAGUGUACGGGAUGAGGCACCCUCUGAACAUGUGGAUAAGUUCUUCCAGAAAAUGGACAGAAACAGAGAUGGAGUGGUGACCAUCGAGGAGUUCAUUGAGACCUGUCAGAAGGACGAGAACAUCAUGAACUCCAUGCAGCUCUUUGAGAACGUGCUCUAGAGCCCAGCAGAACAUUCUACGUCAUUCUCCCAUCGUCCGAUCCCGUCCUCCUGUCUAUACACAACCCCUGUCCAAUCCCACAACACACACACACCCACACACACACACA